AUUUCAAAAACACCAUUACGCUAAAAUUCCCUCGGUUGGGUACAAUCUCGGUCAGUGACCUUAGUACACAGACAUAUCAUUUUUUAAUACACAAUUUCGCCACAUUUGCAUACCAAUCACAGUAGGCUACUGUACUUCCGAAAACCCCCCAGACUCGAAAAAUUCAUGGCACUCUUACAUGCAUUUAUUGCGCAGUCGCAACGAUAAUGCCCAUCGUAAUCUUAUCGCAAGCAAAGGUAGCAUCCCGCCCUAAUCAGGCAACUCUUAUCGCUCAGUCUAUAGGCAAAGGCCCAUCCGACCGGCAACGACGCGGCAAUAUGACAUCCGACACGAAAGUUCCCGCAUACGUGCAAAAUGGCAUCAAAAAGGCCGCACAAAGUUUGCAGUUCGGCUCCGGUUACACCGUGGAUUAUGACUUUCGAACCGGGAGCCACAGUUCCGGUUGUGUCUCCGUAGUCUACCAGAUUACCUUGCGGGAAGAGCCACGAGAGGUAACCCUGCUGUGCAAGGUUCCACCACCGAACGUGGAUCAGACCCUGAUGGCACUGUUUGAACGCGAGGUGUUCGUGUACCAACGCCUACUGCCUACGUUCAGCCAGUUUCAGGAAGAACAUGACAUACUACCAGGGACGGAGGAGUUCAUCUACGCUCCGACGUGUCACUACGCCUACUUCGAUGCGAAGAAACGCGAAGGAUUGCUGAUUCUGGAAGACGUAGGAAGGAGACUGUUCGGCAACCGGAAGAAGUACGAACCGAUAGACUACGAUCACGGGCGAUUGGCCAUGAUCCAGUUGGGAAGAUUCCACGCGGUGUCGUUGGCGUUGAAGGAUCAACUGCCGGAGCUGUUCCAAGGCUUCCAACAGCUGGAGGACGUAACGCGUGAUCAAGUGACGACGAUGGAAGGGUUCAGGGAAAUCAUGGAACUGUCGUUCGAUCAAGCGAUCGAAACGCUGAGUGUACACGAAGUGACGAAGAAGGAGAAGCUUAACAAACUGAAGACAAAUUUCGUGGAGGAAUUAAAGAUUGUGGCGGAUAGCGAACUGAGCGAACCAUUCUGUGUGAUGUGUCACGGAGAUUACAGCUCUAGUAAUGUCAUGUAUCGAUACAAUAGUGGCUUUCCGAACCGAUUGGUGAUGCUCGACUGGCAACUGACCAAGUACGGUUCACCGGCCUUGGACUUCCUGCACUUCAUGUUCCUCAGUACGGACGAGUCUUUCCGGCGGAACCACUACGACAACAUGCUUCAGACAUACCACAACGCAUUGCUGGGUCAUCUGGAGCGACUGGGAGGGGAGAACGCAACGGAGCGAUUCCCACUGACCAGUUUGAUGAGGCUGAUCAAGACACAGGCCAAGUACGCAGUGUCGCUAGCAGUUCUGCACAUUCCCAUGACAAUUUUCAAGGCUGGCGAAGAAGAGACCGGCCAAGAAGAUGAAAAAGAAAAGGAGAACAAAGGGGCCAGGAGUAGUGAACCAAUCGAUGCCAAAUAUCAUAGCCGAAUGAACGGAUUCCUCAAAGAUGUAUUCAGGUUAGGUUAUUUGUGAGUUGAACAGGUAAAAUACACAUUUCUUUACAAAUCAAAA